UAAAUCUUAUUUUACGUAUCAGGAUGUUCAUAAUUAAACUCCGAAGGAAGUAUUUCAUCCAGGCGUUCCAAGACUUUGCUACGAAUGCUCCUAUUUUAGGCUAUUAUAUAAAACAUGCUAUUACUACAUCACGAAGAAAUAAACGAUCUCAUCCAAUUAGCACAAGCGACCCCGCACAUUCAAACUCGAUCUAUGACAGACAGAACGAAUGCUACAUAUGAUAUAGCAUCAUAUGUUUUGUUGGCAGUAUUCCAAUCGCAUCUCCCAAGCCGAUGGUCCACCAGCUGCGCUCCUCAUGAACUGGCCGCAUAACUCACGUAAAAAGUAUACGGCUUCUCAUAUUGGGUCACGUAGAAGAAAAAUAAGAUGGCUACAGCCGUUGCGACGACGCAAGUAUCUCAUGGGUUCGGAACCUCUGCUCAAGAGCCUAUACAUACAAGUCAAACACCAGAACGUCACGACGUACUCACGACGAUUAACUACUACAAGGACCCGGGCGAUGGUUCUCUCCCAAUGCCAAUAGUUAUCGCUAAUAACACGGUCAAAAAUGAGCGUCCACAUAUACCCCAACAUACAAUCAUCCACGACGUAACAGGCGAAGAGGAAAAGUACUCGCUCGACAGCCACGGGUUCCAAUUCCUACGACAUAAAAGCAAAGUGAAAUAUCUACAAGACUUCCAAGAUGACGAAGUAGUCAAAACCAAUUACUACCCAGAGUCGAUACAGCUUCUUAAAGAUGUCACCGGCGCAUCCCGCGUCUUUAUAUUCGACCACAAAACACGCUGCGGCCCAUCAAACUGGCACAAGCUGGGCAAAGGCAACCGAUCAUCACGCGGGCCCCUAUUACGCGCACACGUCGACCAAUCCUACGACGGUGCCGAACUCGUUCUACGGCGUUGGUUCCCAGAUGAAGCCGAUGAGUUAGUCAAGCGGCGGUACCAAAUUAUUAACAUAUGGCGCCCCAUCCGCCCCAUCCAAAAAGACCCUCUAGCAGUAGCGUCCGCCUCCUCAAUCCCAGACUCGGAUCUCGUCGCCGCGUCUAUAAUCUACCCCGCGGACCGGGACGAAACAUGGACGAUCCUCCCGCGCGCCACGCAUAAAUGGUACUACAAGCGUGGUCAACGACCGGAUGAAGUAUUGCUCAUCAAAUGUUUCGAUUCGGAUGAAAACGUACCGGCGAGGCGAGCGCCGCAUAGUGCUUUUGAUGAUCCGAGUCAGAAGGAUGCGGAUGCUAGGGAGAGUAUUGAGACUAGGGCUUUGGUGUUUUAUGACUGAUCGGUGGAAAGACCGGGUUAGAGACUGGCUUGCGGGGUCUUGUUUGGUGGCUGUUAAGAGGUCAAUGUAUGUAAACAUCGUGAGAAAAUUCACU